GCCCGGAGUCGCAGAGAUAGAACCUCGUCGCUGAUGCCCCGGUCGGUCCCCUGGCAAAACCCAGUCUACCGUGACAGACGCUCCGUCGCAUCACACGACGCGGAAUACGCGCUACGUGACACUACAGUAACGUCUCCGCCACUUCAGAACUUCAGAUCCACGCCGCACCGCAGUAGCGACACGGCGCCGGAGCGUGUAUCUGCCAGUUCCGAUAUUCCCGAUCCUGUCGUGUUCAAACCGGCUUAG